CCCACCACAACCACCACCGGCCACCGCCCGCAAGCACCGACGCGACGCGGCCUCGGCGGCCUCUCCAUCACCGGCGGCCACCGCGCCACAGCAAGGGUGAAAUUGUAAAGGAGUUUUUUUUUACAGUUCUUGAUCUGAAACGGAGACAAUGGCGAGAGAGGAUGAGAAGGCUGACGCAAUGGAGAUUGAUGGGCAGCAUCAGCAAGUGGCCAACACCGCCGUACCAGAUGGCUUCAAUGCUGAUUACCUCAGGAUCUACUAUGGAAAGCUCUUCCCUCAUGUUGAUUUCUUCAAGUGGCUUUCAUAUGGAAAUGACGGGAAACAUCCAGGAUGUGAUCAGUCGUAUGUUGGACGUCGAGAGUUCUCAUUUACACUAGAGAAUGACAUCUACGUUCGUUUCCAGUCCUUUGAUAGCGUGGCUGAAAUGGAGAACUCUAUCAAGGAAAAGUGCCCUUUCAAGAUUGAUAUUGGACCUGUAUAUAGUGUAGAUCCUGCAAAGCGGCAUGCCUAUGCUCAAUCAGGCAACAACGUCUUUGUGCCAGUUGAGAGAGAACUUAUUUUCGAUAUAGAUAUAUCAGAUUACGAUGAUGUUCGCUAUUGCUGCUCUGGAGCUGAUGUCUGCAUGGAGUGCUGGCCUUUAAUGACCAUUGCUAUCAAAAUCUUGGAUGCUUCACUUAGAGAUGAUUUUGGUUUCAAUCACAUAUUGUGGGUAUAUAGUGGUCGUCGUGGUGUCCAUUGCUGGGUUUGUGAUAGUAGAGCAAGAAAGCUCAACAACGAACAAAGGGCUGCAAUUGCUGAUUAUUUUCGCGUCUACAAGGGUGGUGAAAAUACGAUGAAGAAAGUUUCAUUGACUGGAGCUGUUCUCCAUCCUUUCCUUGCACGGUCAUACACUGAUGUUCUGAAAGGCUUCUUUGAAGAUAAGCUACUACUUAGCCAACAACUAUUUGCAUCUGAGGAGAGAUAUCAGAAAAUACUUGAUCUUAUCCCUGAUGAAAAUGUUGCUAGUGAGCUCCAUGAUAAGUGGCAAGGAAACAGACGAUCUUCUAUUUCAAAGGAAGAUGUAAAUGCUACCAGGUGGGAGCAACUAAAGUCAACCUUGCAGUCAGGAAAACACAAGGGGCUUCGAAGAUGUAUAGAAGAGAUUGUCUUCUCAUACACAUAUCCUAGACUUGAUAUGGAGGUUUCUAAGCACAUGAAUCAUUUGCUGAAAGCACCCUUUUGCAUACACCCGAAGACAGGCCGUGUUUGUGUUCCAAUCGAUCCAAAUAACUGUGAUGAUUUUGAUCCUACGACAGUUCCAACUCUGUCACAGCUUUUGGGUGAGCUCAAUGCAGCUGGUCUUCGUACUGAUUCUGAAAACGAUUGGGAAAGAACAUCUCUUGAAAAAUCUAUCAGGUUUUUCAGGGCAUCGUUUCUGCAACCAUUGCUGAAAGCCUGCAAGGAGGAAUUAGAAAGCUCAUACAAUGCCAAGCUCCAGCAGUCCAAGAAUACCUUGACUUGGUAAAAUUCACUCAACUUCCAGCUGAUCUUACCAACCUAGUGCCCCAUGAAAAGCUUCUUCUCCAUGAGACGAACCACUGAACCCGGCAUUGGCUGUGUUAACUGGUUAACCACAACGCUCUAUGAAUGAGGAGCAAAAUACUCUCCGAUGCUGCUGUCAUGUUAGCUUUGCUCCAAGGAAGUUGCAAUUGUAGAAUAUCCAGUGACCGUCUUAGAGGCAGCUUGGUGCUGGCUUGAACCUUUUGAUCUUUCAUGUUGCUGACUUGAUGUUAUUAGGAUAAAUUCCUUUAAUUGUUGUGAAAUGAAUUUUAUAGGAUUCCUAUAAGUCGCUGAAAAGAAUGAUUGUUAAAUGCUUCAUACCAAGCUAGUAGCCGCUAUAAGAUCUAGACUAGAAUUAGUAAAAUUAACCAUCAAGAUUGCUUAGAGCAAUGCUCGGUUUGUGGUUGAUGACUGUUGAGAAUUUCUGUAAGAUGCUGUAAAAAUAAAAGUUUCAUCGUAGUUUAUUUUACAUAUAGAA